UGGAGUAUAUGAGAUAAAGUGGGUUCCGAUUUCAUGUGGCAUGAUCAAUCAUGUCUGUCUUAUUCCAGAUGCGAGGUCCGAAACAUUUCCAGUCCACUCCGAGUGGAAGAUAAGGCAGCGGGCAGUGGGCAGGCAGAUGACGGCGACUUCACGGUUCCCUAUCCUUAUUCUGAGAGGCCGCAGUCAGCUGAGUUCUCAGGCCCAGGAGAAAGCAACAGAGUCUGGAGAUUGGGUUGUGGGAGGAUGGUGCAGAAGACCAGCCGCUUUGCACGUCCCCAGAGACCGCCCGGGCGGGGCGGGCAGGGGUCGGCGCCCCUCCCCGGGGCGGGGCUCGCAACCCCGCAGCCGGCUCUGGGCUAGAGAGGCUGCUUCGCUGCUAGCUGCUGGCGCGAUGUACCUCCGCCGGGCGGUCUCCAAGACCCUGGCGCUCCCACUGAGGGCGCCCCCAGGCCCCGCGCCGGUCCGGAAAGACGCAUCUCUUCGCUGGAUAUCAUCUAACAAAUUCCCUGGAUCAUCUGGAUCAAAUAUGAUCUAUUAUCUGGUUGUAGGUGUCACAGUCAGUGCUGGUGGAUAUUAUACUUACAAGAGAGUCACAUCAGGGAAGGCCAAACGCAGUGAUCAUGUAACAGAUUUGAAAGAAAAAACCAAAGCGGAGUUACAUCCACCUCAAGGUGAAAAAGAGAACCUUGUGGGUGCCGAGGAAGCCAGUUUAGAAGCCCCUGAAGUAUCUUCAGCGGAAGCUUCUCCGGUGGUUACUGAAGAUAUUCCCGAUGCUCCAGCUGUGGUCGUAGAAGAGGCGCCCCCCUGUCCAGAUGACGCCGAGGCUGCUCCUGCGGAGACCAAGGUGGUCGGCGCUGAGUCUCGGCCAGAGGCGACAGGCGCGGCGACAGGGGAGACCGCAGAGGAAACGACCGCAGAGGUCACGAGCGCAGCUCCGGAGGAAGCUGCUGCCGUGGAUCGUGAUGAAGGUACAACAGAGAACGAAGGCUCUGGUGAACGUGCUGAACUGGAAGAAAAUUCUCCAGCUGAGUCAGAAUCCUCUGCCGGGGAGGAUUUACAGGAAGAAGCCUGUGCUAGUUCUGAGGCCGCCUCAGCCCAAGGUUAAUCCCAUGCUGAUUGACACCUCGGCAAAAAAAUGCCAUAGAGGGGCUGAUAGGUGUCUUUGUAGUUUUAGUAACCUUAGAUUAAAAAACAACAACAACAACAAAGGCUUCUUUUCUGGAAGAUGGUAUUGUGCCUUGAGGAUUUUUGUUUUAGUUAUCUACUGAUCGAUUUCAGAAUGGAGAGAUUUGAGAUUUACAUGUCUGAAUAGUUUUCUGCUCUCUGGGAUCAGAGUAUGACAUGGCAGUAAAGAGCUUAAAGAGUUUCAUCUGUGAAUUUAAAUUUUAUGUGACAGAGAUUGAGCUAUCUUUACAACCUUCAUUCACAUUAGUUUUGCUAUAACUGCCUUUCUUUAAUGUAUGUAAAUCUAGGUUCUUGAGUUUUAAUUUGAACUCUAAAUAAAUCUGGAAAAUCUUUA